AUGUUCCUCAACACAGUUCUGGUGGUUGUGACAGACCUUUGGGCUGGACUGCUUGGUAGUGCCAUAUUCAGACACCAUUUUCACCUCCUGUUGUCAGGCGGGGUUCUGUUUGGACCAGCGCUGAGUCUGUGGGUGUCCAAGUACAGCAUCUUUGCAAACAGAAACCACUACCUCUGCAGGAUGUUCCUGUGAUCGUGCUGGGGUUGGGCCUGUGUCUUCACGGGCUCCUUCAUCUUCCUCUUCUCCAUCCGUCGAUCCCCUCUCUCCCUUCGCCACCUCUCACGGAUAGCUGUCAUGUGAGUGCUGUGGUGGUGCUGUCACCAUCUUCUACUGCUGGAGAAUGCAGCAGGUAGCGGCUACAAGCCAAUGCCUGCUACCCUGGAUGGGGGCCUGAAUCUGGGCCAGGGAACCAGUGUCCCAGGGCAGUCUUUACUCUUGCUCCAUGAGGGCAAGGCCUCAUGCCUGAAAGCGGACAUGCUGUUACAAGGCUGGGAGGUCUCCGAGGACACCCUCUGCCUCUGCUGCCUGCUCCUGGCUGAAGAGAAUGCCAUAUUGAGGCCCUACCUAGCACUAGGAGGUCCCUCAGGGGCCCCACGGUGCCUGCUCUUCCUGCUCUGUGUCUCCCUGCUGGGCUUGUGGCUGAUCAUGCUGCUCUGGCUGCUGGCUCACUUACCAAGGUUCCCCUCCCAGCUGCUGGGGGGAGCUCUAGGAUAUCUGGUCUGGAGGGGGCUGUACCAGGGCUGGUAUCAUUUGCAACCCAGCUGAUGCUGUCCUGGGUGGCCUGGAGAGGGACUACUCACCACCACUCAGAGAGCAGUGAGAGAGAUGUCCAUGACGUGUGGAGGCACUGACCAAAAAAUGUAUGUCUUCAGAUAA